AUUUCAAUAUUGUUUUCAACAUUUUUCAGGAAUGUUGACAGAGGAAAGAAACUCAAGCAGCAUUUUCAAGAUCAUCAAGUGGAGUCACAGAUCACAUAGGGAAUUUGUUAUUGUAGACCACUGAGCCUAAACAUAAACACUUGUUUUCAUAGUCAUUUUAAUGAAUUUUCCACCAAAUGUACAGAGAUAAAAAUGUCUGAUACCAAAGAAGAGUCAAAAACUACUCAAGCGUUGUCUCUGGUUUGUUCAUCUGACUUUGUUCAGUCUCAUCCUGGAGAUGAUGCUGUUCUGUCAUGUUAUCUCCAUCCAUCAAUCAGUGCUGUUUCAAUGGAGAUCAGAUGGUACAGAGAGGAUGAUCUGGUUUGUAGUUAUACGAAUAAACAGAUUACCAUGUCUGUAGACUAUGUGAAUAGAGUGAGACUCUCAGCUGAACAUCUAGCCAUUGGAAAUGUUUCAUUAACUGUUAGAGAUGUCGAAUCAUCACAGAGCGGCUCAUAUAGAUGUGAGGUCAGCCAUGAAGGUCAAACACUGAAGAAACACAUUUUUCUCUCUGUCGUCUCUGAAGACAGUAAUCUUAUAGUUUUAAUUGGCCCCAUAUCUGCUGACCCUGGAAGAGACGUCACCUUACCUGUUCAUCUCUCACCUGAAACCAAUGCUAUGUCCAUGACGAUCAGAUGGUUUAAAGGGAAAGAACUGAUUUAUGAGCAUAGAAAUGGACAGAGGGAGUUGAUAAAUAAUGAUUUUGAAAACAGAUUCAGUCUGAACAUGCGGGAGCUGGAGAGAGGAAAUGUGUCUCUGACUCUCAGAAAUGUUCAACCGUCUGAUUCAGGACAAUACACAUGUAGAGUUUUUCAUGGUGGACAUUUGUUAACAGGAAAAGUUGACUUUCAAGUCAGAGGUUGGAUACACCUACGCAGAAAUAGUACAGAAGGAAUUCGUCCAGUCUUGGAUGGCAGUGGACUGGAGCUACAGUUAUUGGAUCAGCUGAGAAUUGUAAUGGAUCUACUGAGAAGGCACAUAGACAGCAUUCAAUUGAACAGAGAGAGCAGAAGUCCAUCCGCAGUAGAAGAUAACACUGACAGUGAAACAGAUCAGCAAACAGCACAAGCUCCAGAGACCUCAGAGGAAGAAAGGGCUCAAGAAAAAAAAUGAGAUUGACGCGACAGAGCAAGAGCAAUCAAUGACAGAUUUAGAAGGUGACACAGACAAAUUAGACACAACACCAACGCAAGAAGGCCCAGAAAUGUAUCAAACAUAAAGCAUAAACUGCUUGUUCCUGACAUUGUAUUCUUAAGUAUUCAUAACAUUUGAACAUGUUUUAUACAUUUUUGUUUGAGAAACAGAAAUUUGUUUGUUUUUUCCAAAAACGUAUUUUAAAUGACGCAGCGCAUUUAUCAUGUAUCAUAUAAUCUUUGUUCAUAGAUAUUUACAUUAGAUGUCGCCUAUGCUGUUGUUGAUUAUUGAAAGGAAUGCGUCAAUAGAGCCGCCAUUUUGGUACAGGGUAGCGCUCCUUUGAAAUGAAUGCGGGACCAAGGUGCAGUGGAGGACUGGCCAUCCGGAGCCAGAGAUAUACAAAUAUAUAAAUAUAUCUGUGAUCGGGAGUUUUCCUGGUGAUCCGUAUGCAAAUAUUUUUUUAAAUUAGGAAAAUUAUAAUUUUAUAGCAUUUUUCUAAAUCGAUAGAUAAUUGACCGCAUGGGCAUUGCUGACAAAGAGAAUGUGUUUGUGUGCAUGGAAAUGUAUUAAUCUCCCUCCCUGUUAAAUCAGAUCCCCUUUCUCUCCUCCUGCUUUCACUUCAAAUUCUAACAGAGGAAGCGAUUCAUUUGUGAAUUAAUCUCUGUUAUGAACGACUCGUGUGAACCAUCGAUAUCCCUGCAUCUCAAUGUGCAUAUCCACAUUUCUGAUCUAAAUAAUAUAUAGCCUUUUUAUUAUUCAAUCAUUUGGUGGACGUUAUGCACAUUGAGGCGCAGGCACAGUUAUGUUAUCAGGCACCCAUAUACAGUAAGUUACUUCAAAAACUAGCCUUUACUUCACUUAGCCGAUUAUAAUACAGGUUUCUGGCACCGCAGAAUCUUGUUGUCAUAUUUCAUUUAGGUUGUUUGCUGAUUUUAUUUUUAAAAAACUAGCGUAAGUCUAGUAUUUUGAGCAAGUUGGUGCUAUUUUGCCUGAUGGUCAGUGCAGUAAGAGAGUGUAUUAUCAUCAAUAACAUUAGUUGUUGAGCACAAAAGUUUGAUGCAUACAAAAUCAUAAAUGAAACCUUAUCUAUGAAUUGUUCUGCCUAAAUACUUUUUCUUUUUUUUUUUCUUGUUACUACACCUGUACACAGCGCUAAAGUCCAACAUCUUCAGAUUGGCUUUAGCCUUGACUAGAGCUGUUAAAUGACUUUUGUUCUGGGAGCACUGUACAUGUAUGGCGGCGGUAUUGACGCAUGCUCAGGGUCCGAAUGUGAUAUCUAGUGUAUAUAUCUAUGAUCUUUGUUUAGUGAGCAACAGCUUAGCUUUCCUUCAAAUGAAAUUAACACACUUUUUAUGUAAACUAAACUGCUUGUAAAAUGUUACAUUUUAUACACUUUAUGGGUGCAUAGUGUGCUGCAUAUAGUAUGAUCACAGUUUAGGGUACUUAAGUUGUGAUGAAUCCAUAUUGCUUACAAGUUACUGAAGGCUUUUUUUAUGUGUUAUAAGUGCUUAUUAAGGGUUCCAAGGCAGAAGCUAAAUACUCCUUAAAACAGUAUAUUUAUCAUUAUUUUGAAUGAAAUAUGACUCAAAUGUUGGUUAAUUUUAUCUGACAAUAUACAUACAGUAUAUCAAAUUCAAAUAAAUGCUGAAAUUCAUGUGCAUCUUUUCCCCCUAGAGCACAGGUGUCAAACUCAGUUCCAAAAGGGCCGCAGCUCUGCACAGUUUAGUUCCAACCGUAAUUGAACACACCUGAUCAAACUAAUUGAGUCCUUCAGGCUUGUUUGAAACCUACAGGUAAGUGUGUUGGAGCAGGGUUGGAACUAAACUGUGCAGGGCUUCGGCCCUCCAGGAAUUGAGUGUGACAUCCCUGCCCUAAAUUAUCAUGGGGGUAAUGUGAUUUGUAAUGAAAGCUUACAAAAUAAAGAAUUUGUUUGACCAAGAA